CGCUGGUCCAUUCCCUACAAGUCUUUACUAACCAGUGAGUGCCAUGCAGGCCACGGCGCGCCACGGGGGCCUGCCUGCCUGCCUCCUACUGAGGCCACCCACUAUCCCACACAUCAGGCACGCACACAGGCAUUCAAGGGCAAAAUGUACACUCACACGUGUAGUAGCACCCCUAGACACGGUACGGCACUGCACGGCACGCAACACAUGCACCUGUACACGCAGUCACCAGACAGACGGACAGACAGACGAGCAAGAGUGUGUGUGAGAGGGAGAGAGGGAGCGAGAGCCUACAGGUGGGGAAAAACAAGGCGGAGGCAGAGCCGUGUGGUGUGGUGUGGUGUGGGCGGUGCAGUGUAUCCAGCUACGGCAAAAGCGAACGCAUUUGGGUUCAGCUCUUCACGGCAUGUGAUGUGCACAUCUGUUCCCCAUGGCACAGGGCGUGCGGCCCGCGAGUCACAGAUGCAAAUCGAAUAGCGACGGUUUUGUGCCGCACCGAUUUGCAUCCACUCACGCGAGACAACACGCCCACCAUGAGGAAACAGACGGCAGCCGAGAGGAGGCAGCUAGGCUUACCAGGUCUCUCUCUGGUCUCAGUGUAUGUAUCUGUGUGUGGGAGUGGUGUGCGCAUCUGUCAGUCAGCUCAUAUUCACAUCAGCACGGCCCCGACCAGACACCACAAACAAAUAGACAGGCAAGUAGAGCGACUGAGAGAGGCAGGCAGGCAGGCAAUUAGGCAGUUGGGCUGUCUGGUGAAUUAGCCUCUAUCUGGGCGGAUCGACGAGAGUCAUCAUCCAGCUGUGGGCGCCAUCCAUUCACACACACGUCCAUCCGAGAGGGAGGGAGGGAUCUCUGGUCGGCCAUCUCUACUCAGUCGUGGCGACCACAUCCACCACCCUCCCAUCUCCUUGCCAUGUGACGCGUAUUACACACGUGUGUGCGUGUGUGUGUGUGUCUGUCUGUGUCGCAUCAACGAAAUGCAGCGAAGCAACAAACACGACAACAAAACACGGUGUGUGCAUGUGCGUGCGUGUGGGUGGGUCGUGUGCCAUCCAUCCAUGCGAACCAUCACAGGCAUUAAUUACCACCAUGCAUCCAAAGCGUGUCACCACCGGUCGUCACGCAGACACGCAGACGCACAGGCAGCAAAAAACAAGGACAAGUGAAUUGGUUAAGUUAGCGAGUCGAGUAGCAUCCAUGGGUGCCCGCACACGGACGGGCGGCCUCUCUAUCUCUCCCUCAUCUACAGGGGACCGUGUGUGUGUCUGGAGGGGGGCGGGUGUGUGGGGGGGAGGGGGUGCUAGUCGACUUUGAUGGAGCCGUAGAUGGCCCGCACAAAGAAGAAUGUCGCCACAAACCCAAUCGCACCUGCACACACACAUACACAGAAGACCACCGAGAGAAGUUGGGGCCAUUUGUUGGGCUCGCAGUCGCGCGCGUGUGUGUGUGUACCGGUGAGCAGGAAGAAGGAGUAAGAUAUGAUGGUCAUGUAGCCGAAAUACAGCAGCACCGACACGAACUUGUUGAUGUUCAAUCUGCCCACCCACAAGACACACACACACGCACACACACACACACUCACAUCCCUCCAUCGUCCCGCCUUUCCGUCCUCCGUGCGCAUGGCACCUGGUGUAGAAGUAGAGGACGGAGUAGAGGAAGACGUACACGGCCGAGCACGCAGACGACAGGAACGAUCGCCACCACCAGCGGUAAUCCUCACUGUGACAAGCGAGGAGGAAACCACACACACACAGGCCAUCCAUCCAUGUGGCUCUCUAUCUGGCUGUCCCAAUUGCUGACAUACAUACCCGGCGAGUUGGAAGUAGGUGAAUGCGAUGGAGAUCUCAGCGCAUGUGAUGAUGAGAAUGACCAGCACCAGGGUGAGGAAGCCGAACAGGUAGUAGAACUGGUGCUGCCACAUCGACGACAUGAUGAAAAACAACUCCGUAAACACAGCCCUGAACGAAUGGUGAGUGGGUGGGUGGCACACGCAGAUGGACGGACACAAUGGCGACCCUGUUGCUGCAUGAUGGUGUGUAGUGUACCCGAAAGGCAGGACGCCUCCAAUUAGGCAUGUCAUGAGGGGGUGGGUCAGCCAGUGCUGGGGCUGCAUUCACGCAACCAGCAUCCACACACACACAGAGAGAGAGAGUGGCGCACAUGGCCGUGUCUUGCUCCCCCCUGUCUGUCUGUCUGUCUGUCUGUGUUGCUUACGGGUAUUUGUCUUGGGAUCUGGUUGGUGCGGACGGGCAGCGACAUCGGACCCUUCUUGUAGCCGAAGUACGAUCCCUACACACCCACACCCACACACACGUACCGACCUCUGUCUUUACCGACAGGUCGACAUGGACGGGGUCGUGUGUUGUGUCCGUACCAUGAAGACUAGGGGCACCGAGAUGCCGAACCAGAGCACCAGCAGCAAAAACAUGGUCGAAAACGGCACCUGCACACGAAGCAAAAUGCUGUGCACACGUCGUCUCGCCUUGCGUAUGGGCUGCCAGCGUACCGCGCCUGACGACUGCUCUCCCCAGAUGAGCAGAUCCAGGGUGAAGAAUAUCCCAAAUGUGACGGCUGUAUAUAACAUUACACAGUCAUGUGAGAUCUUGGAUCGGUGCUCUGUGCGUGUGUGUGUGUGUGCAUCCAGACCUGGGAACAGCAGCGCUGUGUACAGCGUGACGGUGUGGCUCCGCUCGCAGUCGUCACCCUGCACACAGAACAGAAGACCAACAGACAGAACAGCACGUAUGUGUGUUGGCUGCACGGCAGACUGACAGCACAACUGCUGGCUGACCUCCAUGACGUUGUUGAACCUGGCUGCCGUGUAGCCGGCAAAGAAGCCCAUGAACGUAAACAGCACCAACAUGGCCUGAAGCAGAACCACACGACACAUAAAUCGACACAUACGGCGCUUCUGUGCUCUCGCAUUGACAGACCUGCAAGAGGCCGCCUCUGUGUGCGGGUGAGAGCAGGCCGAGUGCCGCGAAGACGAGCGUGACGCAGGUCAUGCCGAGGAUCUGCACGCCCGAUCCGGUGCACACGGCCAGCAUCUGGUAGUAGGGGGGCCGCCGGAACACGUCACCGUGCACCAACUUCCAACCCGACUCCUCCUGGGCCUCCUCCAGCGAGUCUACCAUCUAAAACACAGACAGACACACGCCAUCGUGCAUCAGGUGUGGAUGUGUGUGUGUGUGUCUGUGGUCGUGCGUCUACCUCGUUGUAUUUGGCGAUAUCCCUUAGGAGAGUUCGCAGGAGGAUCAUGGCGACCAUGCCGGAGAGGAAGAGGACGACCAUGAGGGAGUUGAUGAUGGAGAACCAGUGGAUCUGGCUGUCAGUCAUCUUCAGGUACAUGUCCCAACGAGACGCCCACUUGACGGGGGACGGCUGCACACAGACACAGACACGGACGCCAACCCACCGACAGCAAGACUCAUGCAUGCCACGUGCGACAACGGGUGCUUUCUUGUAGUGUGGCUAGCUGGUGCUGACCUCCCAUCUGACGUCAUAGGUGAAGACCACCGAGUCGGCCUUCUCCACAUUCAAUGUGGGACCUGCGCACACACACACACACACACACAUGCGCGCACACACACACAUAACAGACACACGCAACGCCGGUCACGGCACCACCGCACAGCCAGCCCUUCCCACUGCUCACCGCUGCACGAGUAGGUGGGGUUGGUCUCGUCGGCAGACACCGGAUGCUCAAUACUGCACACACACGAUCAGCCCAUGUAAGCACACACCACGAGACCUUCCUUCCCUCCCUCUCCCUGGCCCGCCUCACCUGACGGGCUCGACUUCGAAUCCGACAAUCCUGGCAGCCUCGGUGCCGCCGGUGUCACUGCGGCUGUGGUACUUGAACGUCAUGCGCACGUGGUUGUGCAGCACGUAGGCGCCCUGCAGCGGCUGGCCGACCGGGAAACCCGCCAGGUAGCCCGUCUGGUCGCCCGCCUUGUACUUCAUAGCCGCGGGAAGGUUGUCCACUAUCCUGAAUGGAUGCGGGUGGGGGAGGCGGGGUGUGUGAACGCAUCGACACACAUCCGUUGUGCGUGUGUGUGCGGACUGACCAGUUGACGUAGUAUUCGUCGUCGAUCAUGGUUUUGAAGAGGUCCUUUUCCUUCUUCUUGAGAUCCUUCUUGCACAGCACCUUGCACUCCACUGGCAUGAGCAUCUCAAUCUGCAUGAUACACACACACAUCCACAGAGAGAUGCACACAUGUCGUCCAGAUCAACGCUCACCUCAUACGGCGAGUUUUCGAUGACAUCUCCCUGUAGGAUCUCGCCCAGGUUCUCUGCCUCGUUCUUGAUGUCCUCGGGCGUGCAGAAGGGCAGAUGGUAGUACUUGUACGGCAGCUGCGUCUUGACGCUCGUCAGCUUGUUCACUUUCAGCUUCACAGGAGCUCCCCGCUCGUAAUCCUUCACGCCACACACAAAGGCACAGCAUUGGUGAGUGUGCCAACCCCUGCCUGCCUAUCGGUGUCUUUCUCACCCGUGGCGCCACUCCUGGCAGGUACCAGCCAUCCACCAGGUGUGUCAGGAUUCCCAGGGCGACGAGCAGGGCUACCGACAGUCGAGUGGUCGUCAGCAUCUUGACACGAGAUGCGUUGCGUUGGCGCAAGCUGGCGACGCGCGUGGGACUCUCCGUCGAGAGCGCGGGCAGGAAGGUGAGCCCUGACCGUUGACCAAGGAGGCGCAACCAAACGCUCUUUCCUUCACAAAAACGGCUCAGGAGCCCCUGAUAGGCUGAUCCCUGAGCUAUAUACUGAGGUUUCAGACUUCAC